GCAAAUCGUAGUUCAUAAAAUGAGUGACCUACAUGGGCGUCACUACGGAAAGGUAUCUAAGGUAACGAAUCGAUCAAAACAUUGAAACUCAAUAAAUUCUGUCUUGAAGACAUACUUCAUCGAUCGUUAUCGAUGAAGGAACCGAGAUGCGUCCACAAAUAAGAAGUCUCCAGUUAGGCCAGGUCGAGUGUCCGCAGUUUAGCUGGGCUGUCCGCAACAAUUCCCAUAACGUUUGCGAAGCCCUUCAGCCAGAUCUCCACCAGAAUCUACAGAAAAAUGAAGAAAACGAGGAUUUUUUCUUUAGGAACACCGAGAAGCCAUGCUGCUGCAUCGAGCAAGGGCUGAAACCCACUUUAUUUCCCCACCCUGUAUCUUGCGUCUGUUCGAACCUACCUUGUCCACCUAGAAACGAGAAAUACAGGUAUUGCAGGUUGAAAAUGGACCAAGCUAUAGGCGAUGUUAUGGAGGAAAAAAUCAUGGAUCUUAUACCUCCCUGUUCACCCUUCCCAUCACCGAGACAAGAAAGAAUCAUGAAAAAAAUCAUUAGAUCUGCCUAUAUACCAGAAGAGGUCGAUCUCACUGAGGAAAACGCAUGCGUAGAAUGUCUGGCCAGGGAUCCUAUCCUUCUAAAGGAAAUAAUUGACACUUUAAGGAAUAAAAAAAGGGAGGAAGAAAGAAAGAACGCCAAUGAAAGUUGUAUGGAAGCCUGCGACUACUGUUUCAAAGAAUGUGAGGACGAUAAGAGUGACUGUAAAAGGUGCAAGUGGAGGAGUGACGCCAUUUGCACUUGUAAGGAGACAAGACAACUGGAUGAUCGUGGUGACUGUGACAAAUCCAAGUGUAAAUGUAUGAAGGGCUGUUCGAAAUGCACUUGUGCAAAACCUCAAGCUUCAAACACUGAGUUUAGACCGACACAGGAAGGGAAGAUAGCUCAGUUGGACGAUAGAGCAGAGAAAAAAGACAGCCUGAAGAAAGUACCCAAAGAAAUCCCAGAAAUCGACCAGAAACCUUUACUCCCCCACCCCAAAGAGAAGAAAUUAAAGCGAAAAUUGAAAAAAAGGUCGAAAUCCCCCAUUAAAAAGCAAACAUGGAAGAGACCUGAAAGCAUCAUAUGCGAACGCUUCGAGCUGGUAGAGACCAACCCCUUCAACCAUGCGGAAGAACCUGAAAAAUCCCAAUUGAAAGACCCUACGCCGGUUCAAAUAUACGAGCACUUCAGAGCCGUUGAUCCGGGCAGCUCUAAGAGCAACUCCGAAACGCCAGAAAGGAGCUUUUCACGGACUAACAGCACGACCACACGUCAAAACUCAACCACGAGCUCUCCCUCUGGCCUCAAGAACCCGAAGAAGGUGAAGACCAAACCGAAGAAACCAUCAAAGUUGCCCUGGAAUUGGAACAAUCAACCGAAAGCAGAAGAUCCUUUAAAACGAUGGAGCGGCUCCAAGUACUCCUGGAGUAGGAGGAUGAACUACGCCAAGUUGAGCAAGAGAUUGGAAGAUGAGACAAGGAGUAAGGAUGCCGAUGAACCCAAAUAUUUCGAGUAUGAGCCCAACCUAAGAACCAGAAGAUUACAUCAAGUGGUCAAGCCGGAAAACGAAGAAGAGAUUAAGGAAAAGGAGCAAAGGAGAUACAGGCAAGGUUAUGGUAGGAUGAGAGUGAAGAGUUGGCAUCAAGCUCUGCAGGAAAACGCUGUGAAUGCCAUGCAGAAAGAGGUAUCAGCGUUUUCUGAAGAUGAAAUGGAGCAAAACGCUGACAAUUCAGGCAACCAAGGUGGGCAAAACUUUCCAAACCACGCCAGAGACGUUCAACGUUCCUACAACAAAUUGUUUCCACCAGAAACUCAAGACUACGAAGAAAACCCUGCAUUCAAAACCUUCCAGAGGAAUUUUAAUGAUCCAACUAAUACCAUAGACGAGCAAACUCAUCUUGAAGACUACGAUAACUUCGAAUCCCUUUCGGACAGAAGAUUAUCGACAAUAAUCGAGGAAAACCCAGGGAAAAACAGUUCCAUAUCCGAUGGAAGCGCAGAAAUGGGCAGGACCUAUCGUGUGAUGAAACCCCAAGACACCAAACCCAAAACAACGGAAGCAGAGACUUUCUUGCGUGAAUCCAUGGAAAAACCCUUCUUCAACGUGAUCAAACAGAGGAUCCACUCGCGAAACAAGACCCUGGAAAAUUUGGACCAGUUCAGGCAAGACCUCUUCCCAAAAAAGCUAGACAGGGAACACACCUGCGUCCAUAGAUUCACCAUAGACGAACGUCUAUUCCCGAAACCGUUGCAUAGCGACAGGUUCGGCACCAGUUGUUGCAUCCAUUGCGAUAAACCGAUGAAAACCACAGAAAAAUCGGUUUAUCACGAUCGCCGAGAGGGCUGCGUUCAGAAACAGGUGUCCAAGUUUAGCCUGAAGCCCAAGCAGGUGCAUAUGGGGGCCAAGAACAGCGUGAUGGAGAUCAGGUUGAGGCCUGAACACGACGAUUUGCUGAAGGGUUACACUGGCGGCGCCAGGGGGAUGAGGGAGUUUUAUCCGGAUAGUUUGGCGUUGAGACAUCAGAGAAGGUGAUGGGGUGGUUUGGUUCCACAGUUUUACAUUUGUACAGGAGAUUUUAUAGGUGAAAUUAAAGGUUUUAUGAAUGA